AUGAAAAGCUACGACAACAUGGAUUUGGACUCGAUGAAAUAUGCCGACUUACGAAGCCUUGCUAAAGAGCUCGGACUGAAGGCGAACAUGAAAGCUGAGAAACUUCUGAAAGCCAUAAAGCAGCAUUAUCAACGAGAGGUGAAGAAAGAGGAGGCGGAAGGGCAGGAGCAAGAUAAUAACAAUAUGCAUAAAAAUGAAAUGGACGUUCAGGAAAGUGAGAAUGCAGCCUCCAGCCCUGCUGUGUUUGUGAACACACGUCGGGGGAGAGGAACCUGCUCCAAGAGAAGGAUCUCUGAUGUAGCAGUAGGGAUCGACUUUGAUGCCCAAGUGGCUCCGGAUGCUGCAGAGGCUUCUACUGAAAACAAAACGAGUGGCUCGCUCUUCAAUGCGAGAGGUGGGAAGAAAAGAAAGGUUUCUAACGUUAAACGAUCUGAAAAACAUGAAGUGGAGCCACAGACCAUCAGCAGUGAGCAGCAGCCCAGCAUUAAGGAAGAAGCACCCAUCUGUAGUGAAACAGAAAAAGCUCCAAAGGUGACCUACGCUGGCAAAAUCCCUCGCUACCAAGGGCUACAGUUAAAGACUAAGAACCUGCCAAAGCAAGUCACGCCCAACUUCAAGAAACUUCACGAAGCACAGUUCAACAAAAUGGAAUCAAUUGAUACCUAUGUUCAGCGGAAGACUAAGCAGAUUGGGACCUACAAAAGUUCAGUCAAAGAACAGAAGAGGGCCAAUUCAGGCGUUGCCCCCCUGUUCAGCCCUAUACCGCUGGAUAAGAAACCAACCGUGGAGAAGAGCAGACACACGUUGCUCUCAACCAGUAAAGCCCCCCCACAAAAACCUGCCGGGAAAGAAGUGGCUCCAUUCAGACCAUCUGUUCUUUCUACUCGCAGGAUUAAUGUUCGAUUCUCAGAGGCUACUCAUCACAUUGAGUUAAAGAAAAGUUUGGUGAAAACGCCUGCGCGCAAGUUGCUCGCUGUGACUUCCAGCACCCCAAAGCAGACUGCAGAAGGAUGGAAGCCCUCUAGUGUCAAGGCUGCAACUUUCUCUGCCCAAAAGACUCCAGGACCAUUUGUCUUCACCGGGAACACCAGCGCCGUAACCACCCCCGGAACGCAGAAGAAGCAGAGCUUUGAUCUGAAGGCCAGUCUGUCUCGUCCGCUCACCUACAAGCCACAUAAAGGUAAACUGAAGCCGUUUGGAGAGGCCCAAGAAAACGCCGUGGGGAACAAGUCGGUGCUCUCGAACACGCAUCAGGAAAGCUACAAGAAUCACAAAGUCCAGUCCAGGGACGACCGUAGAGCGAAAAAAGUGGAAGACCGGAAACAGAAGAAGCAAAGCAUUCUAGGGGCGAGGAGAGGCCUUGUGAUGAUGUAG